AGGACAGCAUUACUCAAGAGCCAGGAGAGGAAGGACACCAUGGUGGACAUGCUGUCCCAGGAAAGUUGGGACAGGGGCAUGGCCUCCAACGGGACAGAGGCGCUGUCACCUCCAAGUCAGGACUCAAGGGCAACGGAAGGAAGGAGGGAUGAGGGUGAGAAGCCAACAGCCGCAAGGACAGUGUCAGCGAAGCCUCGGGCAUCCACAGCAAGGACACCCCUUCUGGAACGUCGGGCUGAGGUGCUGGCCACCACGGGAGCAGGGUCUCCAGGAAGGAAAACACAAGGAGUGACCCCAGCGAUGGUCCCGUCCAAGGGGCCAGCCCGGGCCACCCCCUCUGCCCCUUUCCAGAGCCCCACCCCGCAGAUGGGCCCGAGGCUGCAGGCCGCCAACUUUAAGUCUGAGCCCAAGUGGGGUUUUGAGGAAAAUUACAGCUUGGAUGUGGAGGGCUUACAGACGACCUGCACUGACUCCAUCAAGGUGAGGGCCUCCCAGUCACUCUGGCUCCAGAAUCUCUUUCUGCCCAACCUCACCCUCUUCCUGGACUCCCGACACUUCAACCAGAGCGAGUGGGACCGCCUGGAGCACUUCGCGCCGCCUUUCGGCUUCAUGGAGCUCAACUACUCCUUGGUGCAGAAGGUCGUGACCCGCUUCCCUCCAGUGGCCCAGCAGCAGCUGCUCCUGGCCAGCCUCCCAGCUGGGAGCACCCACUGCAUCAGCUGUGCCGUGGUGGGCAACGGGGGCAUUCUGAACAACUCCCACGUGGGCCAAGAGAUAGACAGCCACGACUACGUGUUCCGAUUGGGCGGAGCUAUCACCAAGGGCUACGAAGAGGACGUGGGUACUCGGACGUCCUUCUAUGGCUUCACCACCUUCUCCCUGACCCAGUCGCUGUACACGCUGGGCAGGCGAGGUUUCCAGCACGCGCCUCUGGGGAAGGACAUCCGCUACCUGCACUUUCUGGAAGGCACCCGGGACUAUGAGUGGCUGGAAGCUCUGCUCCUGAAUCGGACCUUCGAGAAAAAGAGCCUCUUCUGGUUCAGGCAAAGGCCCCAGGUAGCUUUUCGGGAGGCCUUGCAAUUGGACAGGUACCUACUGCUGCACCCCGACGUGCUCCGAUACAUGAAGAACAGGUUUCUGAGGUCUAAGACCCUGGACACUGCCCACUGGAGAAUAUACCGCCCCACCACGGGGGCCUUCCUGCUCCUCACUGCCCUUCAGCUCUGUGACAAGGUGAGCGCCUACGGCUUCAUCACCGAGGGCCACGAGCGCUUCUCGGAUCACUACUAUGAUAAGUCCUGGAAAAAGACAAUCUUUUACACCAACCAUGACUUCAGCUUAGAGAGAACACUCUGGAAGCGGCUACAUAAUGAAGGUAUAAUCAGGCUGUACCAGCGCCCGGUAACUUCCAAACCGAAGAUCUGA